CCUUCGAGUUCAACCCAGGAGGUAAACGGACUUAAGCAACAGGAGGCAGUUCGAGGAUGACAUGCUCGCUGACGGGAUUCCAUAGAUCUUAAUGGUCCCGAAUAGUCGCUCGAUGACAGUCUAGCCACAACGGACUAGUGCCAACUGGCCAGGCCCGAGUAUAUCAACCAGAAGAAUCUCUGGCCAUGAGGGAUUACAUUCAGAAACUUCAGACUUGCUUUUGAACGCCCUUUAACGCCCCUUAACAAACCGGAACAAACCACGACAUCAUGCUUCCAACCAGACAGCUCGGCCGAGAUGGACCCCUAGUCCCUGCCCAAGGACUCGGACUCAUGGGUCUGUCCAUGUUCUACAACACACGUCGCCCAGAUGCAGAGCGUCUGGCAUUCCUCGACUACGCCCAUGCCAAGGGCGCGACGUUCUGGGACUCAGCUGACGUGUAUGCUGACAAUGAGGAUAUCAUGGCAAAAUGGUUCAAAGCAAGCAACAAACGAAAAGACAUCUUUCUUGCCACCAAAUUCGGCAUCAAACAACACCCCGGCAAGCCCGCCAGCAUCCACAACAGUCCGGAAUAUGUGCGAGAGGCAUGCCUCAAAAGCCGCGAACGACUAGGUCUGGCGGCCAAUGACCCCAUUGAUCUCUACUACUGCCACCGCAUCGACCCCCAGCAACCGAUCGAAAUCACCGUGGCAGCCAUGGCCGAGCUCGUAAAGGACGGCCUCGUCAAAUACCUCGGUCUCAGUGAGUGUUCCGCCGAGACGUUGAGACGUGCCCAUAAAGUGCACCCAAUCACGGCUGUCCAGGUCGAAGUGUCACCGUUUGCAACGGAGGCAUUGCAUAAUGGGUUGCUGGAUGCGUGUCAGGAGCUGGGCGUGGCUCUGAUUGCGUAUUCCCCGUUGAGUCGCGGGUUCUUGUCUGGGCAGCUUACAUCUUGGGAUGAUUUUGAUGAGAAUGAUCGGCGCCGUGUGUUGCCGAGGUUUUCCAAGGAGAACUUCCAUAAGAAUGUUGACAUUGUGAGGCGGUUGGAAGAGAUUGCCCGGAACAAAGGUUGUUCGGUGGCACAGCUGACCUUGGCGUGGGUGUCGGAGUUGUCGGAGCUUUCGUUUCCUAUCCCGGGUACGACGAAGGAGGCGAACCUGGAUGAGAAUUUGGGUAGUCUUGCGAUUGAACUGACGGAUAAGGAGCGGGCGGCUAUUCAAGCGGUCGUUGAUGAGGCUGAGGUGCAUGGGGAUCGGCAUCCGAGUAGCAUGAUGCCUUUUCUUUAUGUCGACACGGUUCCUUUGUCGGAAUGAGCGAGGGUAUAUAGAUUAUGAAUAUGAGGGAGCGUUCAUCUUUGGAGGAUGUGCUUUGCAGUAACGACUUCCCUCCUCUAGCUAGCUGAGUGACCAAUGGACACGCCAAAGUUCUGCACAUAAUAUAUCCCACAUGGUCGAGUCAUUCGAUAUCCUCAGUGAAGUUGCCACCUUCGUGCACUUUCGUACUUUGGCGUCACAUUUUUCUCCGGAUAUCCUCUGCUAUGGGCAUGUUGAUUGGAAAUCUUUUUCCAAUCGCUGGGGUGGAGCAGCAUAUCAGGGGGGGUAGGCCUAUUGCCCGAAGAAUAUCCGUAAAGAUAAUGUGACUGCGAAUACAAGCGAAUCGAGAAUCUGCAUUAAUGUGGUAUAGGAUGAAUGUGGAGUUAUCCAUAACUCGGACCUCGGGUCCACGAUGUGCACGCACCUGCUGCAAUGUCAUCUAUCAGUGAUCGCCUCGGGGUCUAUU